AUGGAAAACCACCGGCUUCGACGUAUAGUACGCCAGACACUGCGCGGAACGGCCGUGGUAGUGACUAUCUUGCUGGCAGUACAAUGGACCUUCAAGAGCUCGAGCGACAGCAAGGUCAGCAACUAUAUCAACAGCCGGCUGGGUGCGAACAGUGCCUCUUCGACCCCUGAACCCCAUGGUACUGUGUGGGAGACCAUCAGGAACGAUACCCGUAUCUCCAAAUUUGUGAAAGUGCUGGGAGAAUUCAAGAAUAUCGUAGCCGGUCUUGAUGCACCGAAGGCCAAGUUCACCGUCUACGUCCCAACCGACGAAGCGUUCGAGAAGGAGACCUUUGCCUGGGACCUACCGUCCUUCUACUGGCUCUACCUGAUCGGAUACCAUAUGGGUGCAGGAGCGCUUUCGCAGAAAGAUUUCUCGCACAUGACUACAGCGCCGUCGUUUGUCUUUGCAGACGUCUUCGAGACAUACCGCCAACGCAUUAGCAUACAGAGGGUAGAUGGAGGUGACGGCUUCAUGUUGAACCAUGUAGCCCGGCCGGCUGCUCCUGAGAUGCCUGCAGUGAAUGGUUACGUCCAUCUGAUUGAUCGUGUCCUUAUGAUGCCAGAAUCGACGUCCGACCUCCUACGUGAUGACCCUAAAUUGAGCAAACUGCGCAAAGCUCUCAUCGAUACAGACGUUGCCGUGACAGUCAACGAUACGUCCACCCAUCUCGGCCAGACUGUGUUUGCUCCUACCAAUAAAGCCUUCGACAAGUUGGGAUCAAAAGCCAAUCAGUUUCUCUUUAGCCCCUAUGGCAAAGAAUAUCUAAGAGCUCUGCUUCAAUACCACAUUGUUGCCAACCAGACCAUGUUUAGCAAUUUGCUGUUCCCUCAUAACGGGGAGGCACAGAUCCCCCUGGAAAACGGGUCAAAAAUACAUCUUCCGACUCUGCUUCCUUCCCAUAAUCUGAGUGUGACGGUAGAGAUGGAUGGAUCUCGAGUUUCUCCCAAGAUCAACAAUGCUGUUAGCAUCGAGAGUCAUGACAUCGUGGUGAUGGAUGGCGUGGUACAUAAGAUUGACACCGUCUUGCUACCGCCGCUCCUAUCCAAUGGAGAAGAGUCUACCUCCGAACAAUCAUGGAUAAGCACUAUGGCACAAUGGCUUCUAGGCCCCUCCGGAGUACCGGUGGGAGAGCUGAAAAAAAGAUUAGAGAGACUUGUUGUAGAACCGUGA